AUGGUUUCAAACAAUGCUGUUCCGAUGAAGUUAGAAAGUUCUGACAGAAGAUAUGUAGUUGUCAGAACGUCAGAAGCUCAUAUGCAAGAUACAGAAUAUUUUGACGACUUAGCAGAAACUUUGACAUCUGACUUUUACAACCACUUGUUCUCAUAUUUUAUGACAUUAGAUAUUUCAAAGUUCAAUCCAAGACAAAUUCCACAUACCGAAGAGAGACAAACAUUGUUAGAAGCAAACAAGAGUGUAUAUGAACUGUUCAUAGAUGAAACUGACUUUGAGUGUUUAGAUGAAAGGUCAUUGUACGAUUCGUAUAAACAAUAUUGUCAAGAAUAUGGUUAUAUGACAGCUUCUAAACGAACAUUCUUGGCAAAUGUCAAAAGUCUUUUAGACGUACAGAAUGGUGUAUAUACAAAGAAAAAUUUUUAUGAGUAA